AUCGUAUUGUUUCCUAAAUUAAAAAAUAUCCUUCUUUCAACAUUUUCUUGCUUUCAUAUCUCAAUUUUUAAUUAAUCAGCUAUGUCAGAAAGGAGAUUCCGUUUUGGUUACGUACUUGCAUCAAAAAAAGUUUCCAGUUUUAUUCAAGAUUCACUCAUCAAUCAUGCCCAAGAAAAAGGUAUUGAUCUAAUCCCAAUAGAUCUUAACAAACCAUUAAUUGAACAAGGUCCAUUUGAUUGUAUUUUCCACAAACUAUAUGGUCAAGAAUGGAGAAAACAAUUAGAAGAAUUUGCCAUUCAAAAUCCAACAACCAUUAUAGUAGAUCCAUUUGAUGCUAUUGAAAAACUUCACAAUAGAAUUUCAAUGCUUGAAGUUGUUAAUGAAAUGAAAAUAACUGGAGAUAAUGAAACUAUUGGAAUCCCAAUUCAGAUUUUUGUUGAAGAUAAUUCUGAAUCACUUUUCGAUGCGAUUACUCGUCAAGGUUUGCAUUUUCCAGUUAUUGCUAAGAAUUUGAUUGCUAAUGGCACUGCUGAUUCUCAUCAGAUGUACUUAGUUUUAAAACCUGAAGGAUUAGAAGGGUUGAAAAAGCCAGUUGUUUUACAGGAAUUUGUGAAUCAUGGGGGUGUUAUUUUUAAGGUUUAUGUAGCUGGGGAUCAUGUGAAAUGUGUGAAAAGAAGGUCAUUGCCUGAUAUUCCGGACGAAAAAUUGGAGACAUUGGAAAGUUUGAUAUCUUUUUCACAGAUAUCUAAUUUGACUGAUAAGAUUGAUCAUAGUUUUGAUGAACUGAUUGAGAAGGCGGAGAUGCCACCGUUGAGUUUUGUGAAUGAAGUGGCUAAUCAGUUGAGGGGUGCUUUGAAGUUGCAUCUGUUUAACUUUGAUAUGAUAAGGGAUAAUAAAGUUGGAAAUAGGUAUCUUGUUAUUGAUAUCAAUUAUUUCCCUGGCUAUGCUAAACUGCCGAAUUAUGAGAGUAUGAUGACUGCGUUUUUCCUUGAUAUUGCACGCGAGAAGCAAGACAACGAGUCUCGUUUGGCUUCCGAAUGAUCAUAGACAAUGU